AUGAAUACAUCAACUGUAACUGAAUUUAUCCUGGUAGGGAUUCCUUUUCUCUAUGAUCUGCACAAAAUGUUCUUUGUCAUGGGUUUAUUCAUGUACAUCAUAGCCAUCCUGGGGAAUGGAUUCAUCCUUGUCAUUGUAGCUAUCGAGCCAAAGCUUCAGACUCCCAUGUACAUCUUCCUGAGCAACCUGGCUUUUCUGGAGAUCUGCUACACCACAACGGUGGUGCCUAAGCUUCUACAAACACUUAUAAAAACACGGACCACCAUUUGUUUCUGUUGCUGUAUGGCCCAGAACUUCUUCUACUUCUCAUUGGGAGGUACAGAGCUUUUAAUCCUUACUGUGAUGUCUUUUGACCGCUAUUUGGCCAUAUGCAAACCAUUCCAAUACCCAAUGAUUAUGACCAAAAAUGUUUGCAUUCAAUUGGCCUUGUCUACUUGGUAUUCAUCAUUUGUACUCAUGUUUUUUCAAUGCCUUCUUGUAUGGAGGAUGCCUUUUUGUGCUUCCAAUGUUGUUGAUCAUUUCUUCUGUGAUGCUGCUCCCAUGUUUAGCCUUGCAUGUACUGAUACGUACCUCAAUGAGCUUCUGGGAUUGCUCAGUGCUGUCUUACUUGGUAUUUUGACUUUGAUAUUGACCAUAGUGUCAUAUGUCUAUAUCAUCUCCACCAUAAUGUGCAUUCCGUCAGCCAAGGGACGCAAGAAGGCCUUCUCCACCUGUACAUCACACCUGAUUGUGGUGUCUAUAUUGUAUGGAGCACUGAUGGCCAUGUAUGUGAGGCCCAAUCUGCAUUCCUCAUCCCGCUUAACCAGGGUAUUAGCAGUGCUGAACACAGCCCUCACUCCAAUGCUGAACCCUUUCAUUUAUACAAUAAGGAAUACAGAAGUGAAGGAAGCUGUCAGGAAUGCAAUCCAAAAGAAGUUGCUAAAUGAAGAUUUAACGUGUUCAAAAAAGUCAGUAAAUAAUUUGAGAGAUGUGAGAACUACAAGGUCAGGACACGUGAAGACGCAACUAAGUACUAUUACCGAUAAACAGCAUAGUAAGUGGAACCAAGUGGAACAUACAGCAUCUUACUUGAAGACAUAA